GGCCCGGCCCGGCUCGGCAGCGGGGCUCCUCCCCGGGGAGCCGCGGUUGCCAGGCGGAACCCCGCGGGCCAGCGGCCGCUGCUGUGCGGGUCCCGAGCCUCCCGCCGCCCUCCGCCGCUGAGAUUCCAGAUAGCCAUUGUGCCUACAUACUCCAUGAUGGGACCUUUCAGAGGACACAUGAGUCUCAAAAGUAGCCCUUUUUCUCUGGGGCUUUCCUGCAAGCUCUCCAACCAGUACAUCAUUCAAGAUCACAUGGCUGCUCAUUACAAGAAGCUGAUGUCAGCCAAAGCUGCUGUUGAUUCAUCUGCACCAAAGAGUCUGCAUACCAGUGUUAAAUACAAGGAUCAGCAGAAAAGAGACAGACUAAUUCAAGCCCUUGAGAAAUACAAGAAGAACCUUGCACAUGGUCUUCCUGCCUCACUGCUGAACUCCAGAAGUGCUUCUUCAAGACAGCAGAAGGAGAGCUGCUCACUGUUGGAAAAUGGUCAUCUAUAUCUGAUGUCUGGUCAGAACAACUGUUACAGGACAAAGAAAGAGCAACCCCACUCUGUAUCUAUUCAGAAGCUCACUUCAAGGACUCUGAUGCCAGCUCCUACUGCAAGAAAGAACAUCCGAAAUACUGCACAGCAUGCUUUGUCUCAAAUUCCUGUUCACAACUCUAGGACAGACAGAUCACCUGUUUCACCACCUCUGCAGUCACGUCUGCAUUCAGGCAGUCACAACAGGAAGAAGGCAAUUCAAACCUCUUUUAAUAAAACAUACUCUGGGGACCUCCUUGACAAACAUUCAGUUUACUUCACAGCAAAGGAGCAGCGUUUUACACCCCAAAUCUUAAAGACAUCAAACCAAUCUUUUCUUGUAAAAUAUAGGUAUUAUAAUCCUCCUUCCCCAGAAAAGAGCUCCUCCCCUGGCAGACCAUCACUUAAAUCAGCAGACAUCAAUAAUGGAAAGAAAAGAGACUUGCACAGGGUUUUAGAAGAUGCACGUGUGAGACCACAUUCAGUUCGCUUUUCUCAGCAGCUAGUUAAGAACUAUGAAUUAUGGAUUCCUGAUUCUGAAAUGCCACUUUCUUCAGGAUCACAACUUGAAGAAACAGAAGAAGAGUAUCUUCACUUUCUACAAGAUCUUACUAAUGAUAUUUUGAUUAGAAGUUGUUUUCACAAAGAGGCAUUAGAAGAUGUAUUUGAAAUGCACAUUAAAAGCAAGAGGCAUAUCCUUGAUGAGGUAAAAAGGAGAAGAAUAGUUCAAAGCCUGAAGAAAGAGCUGAACAUCAUGAACCAGCCAGACCCUUCCAUCAGCUGUAAGGGCGCAUGGCAAACAGACACCAGCAUUCCCAUGACACGCUUCUAA